AUGACGGCAAAACCCAAGAUCGUUCUUGUAGGAUCUGGCAUGAUCGGAGGUGUGAUGGCUACAUUAAUUGUGCAGAAGAAUCUGGGUGACGUGGUCAUGUUUGACGUAGUGAAGAACAUGCCUCAGGGAAAAGCAUUGGAUACGUCCCACUCCAAUGUGAUGGCCUACUCCAACUGCAAGGUGACGGGAUCGAAUUCGUACGAGGAUUUGAAAGGAGCCGAUGUGGUUAUCGUCACUGCAGGUUUUACUAAGGCACCCGGAAAGAGUGACAAGGAAUGGAACAGAGAUGACCUCCUCCCACUGAAUAAUAAAAUCAUGAUUGAAAUUGGAGGACAUAUAAAGAAGCUUUGCCCCGAUGCCUUUAUUAUUGUCGUGACAAACCCAGUCGACGUAAUGGUGCAGUUGCUCUUCGAACACUCGGGAGUACCUAAGAAUAAAAUUGUAGGACUAGGUGGAGUAUUGGAUACCUCUAGGUUGAAAUAUUAUUUGUCUCAGAAGUUGAAUGUGUGCCCUAGAGAUGUUAAUGCACUUAUUGUCGGUGCACAUGGAAAUAAAAUGGUGCUCCUUAAAAGAUACAUCACUGUUGGAGGUAUUCCAUUACAAGAAUUUAUUAACAAUAAAAAAAUUACUGAUGAAGAAGUGGAUGCUAUAUUUGACAGAACCAUUAACACUGCUCUGGAGAUAGUAAACCUGCUUGCCUCUCCUUACGUCGCCCCAGCUGCAGCUAUUAUUGAAAUGGCUGAGUCGUAUUUGAAGGACUUGAAGAAGGUCCUCAUAUGCUCCACUUUGUUGGAGGGACAAUACGGCCAUAAGAAUAUCUUUGGCGGUACUCCUCUUGUUCUCGGGGGUAACGGAGUUGAACAGGUCAUCGAAUUGCAACUCAAUGCAGAUGAGAAAGUCAAAUUUGAUGAAGCUGUCGCGGAGACCAAAAGAAUGAAGGCCCUCAUUUAA